CCCUUGGGAAGGGGAGAGGGCAGUGGUAAAAAUAACCCCUGGGCUGUUUCCAGCCUGUUGUGGCUUCCUGCAAUUUACAGCCCUUCCUGGGGGGGAAGAGGAGGCAGGAACAGGCCUGGCUUGGGGCUGGCUUUGACCCUUUCACCACCAGUAGAGAAGGUGCCAGAAGGACCCUUCCUCCUUCCUUCUCCCUCGCUGACUGGGGCAGGAUCUGGGGAAGGGGAUUGUGGUGGGCUCCUGAGCUGCCCCCAGCAUCUUGGGGUGGAUGUAGAAGGAGAAGCUACUGGAGUAGACAUGGUUUCCCUGUCCCAUUCCUGAUGUCCUGUGUGCUGGGAGGACAGAGAGACUCAGUCCUGCCUGGGAGAAGGCAGGGAUCUCUGCUGUAGACCCUGAAAUCCUGGCCAGGCUCCCAUGAGGAGGAGGAGAGCUGGUGAAGGGACAAAUUCAGGAGCCAAGUGAAGCUUUGGGAGCCUCCCCAGCCACAGCACCGGACCCCCCCACAGCCACCUGGGGAGGGAUAGAGCAACCAGGGGUGCUAUUUCAGGGUUGGGGGCAAUGGUGCCCCUGGGCAGCCCCCCUCUCGCCGUCUGUGCCUCCAGCAACCUGCGCCUUGUGACCCCUGGCCGUGGCUCCCCCUUGGCCUGGCUGAACCGGGGCCCCGAGUGCCCACGGGAGUCCGGGGGCAGUGGGGGCCGGGUGCCCAGCGCCGUGGAGCGGCUGGAGGCUGACAAAGCCAAAUACGUCAAAUCCCAGCAAGUCAUCAACAGCCGGCAGGAGCCGGCGCUGCGGGGCUGCUCACCACGGCUCUCCCCCCGCGGCUGGCGCCUCCUCGCUCGUCAGCAGUGUAGCGAGUUGUGUCAGGGCUCAGAGCUGGGCCGGGAGGGCCCCCGGAAGCUUCCAUGUCCCCAGUCCCCCGUGUCACGCCGGGCUGGUGGCAGGCGCCUGCUGAGACCCGACUCUCUCAUCAUCUACCGGCAGAAACGAGACUGCCCUGGAGGGGACAAGGAGAACGCCAAGGGCUCUGGGCUGGUGCGACGCCUCUUCCAGGGACCCCUCAGAGACAAGCCCCCCAGUUCCCCCCCAGCCAGGGGGCUGAAUGAGGAGCUGCCAGCCCCGCAGAGCCCUGAGACCCCCAUGCUGUGGGUGCCCGCGGAGAAGGAGGAGGUGAGGACACCGGGUGCUGGCAGCGGCAGUGGCAGUGGUGGCAUCUUCCCUCUGCCCAGCAGCCCGGCGCAGUCCCCCCGGCCCCCCGGCAAGCAGGCGCUGGCUCUGCGCGUCUCCCUGCCGCUCUCGGAGCAGGAGCGGUUCUUCAACUACUGCGGGCUGGACCGGGCGCUGGUGGAGCUGCUAGGGCAGGAGCGGUUUGGGCCAGCGGGCUGGGACAAUGCCUCGGCUCGGCUCCCCGGAUCCUGCGAAUCUGAGCCCGGGCAGGCGUCAGGGUGCAGCGAGGUGGAUGCGGGGCCAGGUGAGGAAGAGCCGGACACCCGGCUGGGCUCUGCCGUCUCGGUGGUGGAGCGCAAUGCCCGCGUCAUCAAGUGGCUCUAUGGCUGCCAGAGAGCCUGGGCGGCCGCCAAGGAAUCCACUGUCUGAGCAGAAGCAGCCCGGCUGGGGACAGGGACGCCCGUGUGGGUCCUGCUUUCUUGAUGUGGUCCCUCACCCUCGCUAGAUGUGGCCAAUGGACUGGUGGCAUCCUUGAUCCCAGCACCAUGGGGCUGCUGUUGGCUGGGAGGGCCAACAGGUCUACCCUGGACCCAGGGCUGAGGGCAGUGGGGGCACCUGGGGGGCAGGUGAGGAAGGGGCUUCUGUGGGUGACUCCCUGGCCCCAGGGUCCAGCAGGCUGCUGCCCCGCACUGCUGCCCCUCUUCUCCACCCUGUCUCCAGCCCAGGGUGUUGGGACAGGGCUGCAGCCCCUUUGGCAACCCAUGUCCUGCAUCCGCUGCAGGCUGGAGGGGUGGGCAGCACCCAAGCCCCACCACCACGGGCAGCGCCCGCUUGCAGCUCCCUCCUCCCUGAAAAUGGGGCUGCUGGGGUCAGAGCAGUGCUCAAUAAACCUGUUAGGUUUCUUUUCUA